GCUUUCAGAGAGUCACUGGAGCAUAGGCUCAGCAGCUGUCAUCUUCACUUCGCCAUGGAGUUCAUAUCCUCUCUACUCAGUGAUCUCAAACUUGCAGUGAAGAGGAAUGAGUACUGGACUCAAAAAGCAGUGCAUACCUAAACAUGGUCUGUCAUAAAGAAGAUGAGAGGUCAAGGCAGAUGGCCUGGUUGGGUGCCUCCACACUCCCUGUGAGGCUGGCGAGAGACACUGCUGAGACAUGUCUAAUUACCCAAUGUACUCCAGGGAGGUGCAGGAGGCUGGCGCUAGCUAGCUUCAUUGGCUCCCACUUUGCCCCCAACUCACAAUUUGGCUGGAGUCUCUCCUUAUUCUCACCCUCCUCUUCCGAUGUCUCCCUCUGUGUGUAAGAUGUAUCCCUCGGCCACCCUUUGGCCUACACACCCAUGUUCUCUUACAGCAGGCCAGGGUGUCAGGUGCCAUAGUGUAGCCUAAAUAAAUCAUUUAUCAUGCGUCUGUCUGCACAGAAAGUCUCUGUCUGAGCCAGGCUGGAGAACAAGGGGAUGCCAGGUGAGACUGACUGCCAGCUGAUGCAAUUCUGAGUCACUGUAUGCUUUGGGUAAACUGACUCCAUGAUGAAACGAGACAAACUGCACAUUGGUCAUCUAGGCUUAUAUGAUGAACAUGCAAUGAUCCAGUGGACGAUUACUCAAGCAUCCACAACACAAAUCCCCUCAGUAGAACGAGCAUGAAAGCUCGAAACAUUCUGCCCUUGAAUGGUUCUGCCUGCAGUGUUGUGGGUAUUUUCUGUGAUGUCUGUCACAGGCAUGGCCUAGCACCAGUACUCCUGUCCCCGGGGGGCUCCAAAAGACGUCAGUUGCCAUUUCUGAUUUUAGCAUUGUUUAGCAUAACAUCAACGGCUUUGCACCAAGUUCUGUGGACGCUCUGGAGCGAGGUCAUGCUCCAGCUAUGACGUGCGUAGCAGCAUGGGACAGACGUCCAUGUCCUUUCUGGUGUGUGUAUGGUGUGAAGUGUGUGUGUGUGGGGGGCGGGGGCAGGCUGUUGACAGGACCUCUCUGUUGUGGAUGUAGGAGAUUAGGAGCUGCGCCUCAGUGGUGCACAGCCAAAUCCCCUCUGGCUGCUCUCCACCCUCCACCCCCACUCUACAGAGAUGGCGAGCGAGAGAAGGAGACUGAGGCUGGAGGGCGAACCCUUGGAGCAGUGUGUCCUCUUCACCUCUAGCUACCUCUGUCUCGGUACUGACAACUUUGUCCCUGUGUGCUUCGACUACUCCUUUAGUGUUGUGUGCCCUGUCUCUGUAAUGGUUUGUGUUGCAGUAUAGUGUAUAUACAGUGCCUAUAUCCCAUUGUGUCACAGGGGCAUUUUACAAUGUUAUUCAACCCUUUUAAGAUGAAUGGGGGGGGGGGGGGGGUGUGAGGUAAAGAGAAGUGCAUGUAAAAUUAUUGAAGAUAAUGAGGUCAUGAGGGGAAGGCAGUUAGCUAGGUGGAACAACCAUGUUUUAUAUCUUAAGAUGAGUGCACGAACUGUAAGUCACUCUGGAUAAGAGUGUCUGCUAAAUUACUAAAAUGUAAUUGUAAAUAAGAGGAACACCCAGGCGUGUGUGUCAUGCACCCUUCCUUAAUCUCCCGUGGGCAGAUUCUGCAUGCAGACCGAAUAAUCUGCCAGGACUGAAUGGGAUGCAUGAGCUAACGAGCAGCAUUAGUUACAGUUUCUGGGGUUUUCAUCACUGGUUAUUUGGACGUAUCAGGAUUGGGCGAAGGCAGUGCUUAAACUGCUUCAGUGUGUCGAUUGGAAGGGGGGCUUUGGCUGAGUUUCCUAUUGUGAGGGUGGAUACUUCGUUUUUGCCAGGUCUGUCAAUUUCUAACAUUACAUUUUAGUCAUUUAGCAGACACUCUUAUCCAGAGCGACUUACAGUUAGUGAGUGCAUACAUUUUCAUACUGGCCCCCCAUGGGAAUUGAACCCACAACCCUGGCGUUGCAAACGCCAUGCUUUACCAACUGAGCUACAUAGGACUUUACAUGUAUGAACACAGAAGUUAAUCACGUAGCUGACCAAAUUAUGCUAGAUUCUACUUCUGGGUUAACAGAGAUUAGUGUUCCCUGCUCUGCAUAAAGGUUCUCAUACAUACAGCAUACAGUAGAUCUACAUUGUAUUGUCUGAGAUUCAAGUUAAUCCCUAACAUAAUGGAAAGGAGUGUCACCUUUACAUACAUGACAUACUUUACAGUAAACUAUUUGACUGGUUAGUGUUACUGACAAAUUUAGUUCAGAAUCUUGAACCAAACUUGGAUAAAGGCAUGGAAUAAUUUUGUUUCGAUUAAUACAGUACAGGUUGGUCUUUCUUAGAUGGUGUUUGUUUUUAAUUUUUUUAAGCAUUUACAAGAGCAGGACCAAGGUUAGGCUAAUGAGUCAUCUAUCCAUCACUUUUCCUAAAAUGAUUAAACAGCCUGCCCUGUACUCUGACUGACUGGCUCUGCCCAGCGCUAAACCCAGUCCUCUAGCCUACACUGCCAGACCAUGCUAGUGUUCAGCAGCUCUCUGUGCUGAACGUUACUGUUCACCUGUCCUGUCUGACCCACUGUGUGCUGUUAAGGUGUGUCUGUAUUUUCCUCCCAUACUGAACACAAAUUACUCAGAUGAACCAAUGGGGCCUCUCGAAGCUGCUUGGACUAGCCCUGCUAGCUAAAUGUAUUUUAUUGACAGAUCUCCAGUUACUGAUAAAGUGGAUGAUAAUGAGUGCACAGCAGCAAUGGCUAAUGGCCUAACGUUCCUUUUUAAAGACGUAUAGCCCUCCUAAUGCUUUCAAUCCACACAAUGCCUUCCAAAGUGCUCUUUUUGUUUUUUACAUUGGCUGCCUUUACACAGGCAGACCAAUUCUGAUAUGUUUUCCACUAUUUGGUUUUUUGGCCAAUCACAUAAGAUCUUUUGUCAUCCAGAUAUUUUUCACAGCUGAUCUGAUUGGUCAAAAUACCAAUGUGAAAAAAAUAUCAGAAAUGGGCUACCUGUGUAAACGCAGAUAUAGAAGACGGGCAAUAUUCUUGUCUAGUGCAGAAUCAAGAUAGAGGCUACCUGCUCGACCAGUCCGGUACCUGGGGAAAAUAUAUUCUGUGUGUAUAAGGCCAAUGCCUAGAGCACCCAUUUUACUGUACCAAUAGGUUUCAUCAAGUGUAACAAAUGGUCAUUCCAUACCAUGUAUUCCUAUUUAUUUGCAUGUUAUUUUGCAUUUAGAAAGUAUUGCUGUUGGAGUCUGCUGAAAGCCUAUCGUUAAUCAUAGGAAAGAAAGAGCCUUCCUGUAUCCUUCACUAUUAGACAGUUCUGGACUCAGUCUGAGUUCUUUUUUUUUCUGCUGAUUUGUGUGUCUCAAAAUAGCCCUUCACUAUCAGUGAGCCAUUUCUUCAGUUAAGAAAUGCAUGGCCCCUCUGCUGGAGACGAGCCUACUGAAGGACGGACACACACACACACACAGGCAGGCAUACAAACAUAAUGGGGACUCAGACAUGCUGACAAAAGGGUCUUAGAAAUGGGUACGGUCUAAAGCGCACAAACCCAGAGAUGGAGAGAAUCGGAAUACACACUCACUCAUGCACACUCUCUCACACUCAUACACACACAUUGGACCACUCCCUCCCUCUUACACCACAGUGGAUCCAUUCAGCUUAGAUCACAAUAGAGGCUCCUUGUGAUUUGGACACAGCAUGUACCCCAGUAGAAGAGUGACCAUUGUGCCCCAAAGCCUGUCUCCUCUUCUAGAGAGUGUGUGUGCUUGCGUGUCCGUCCUCUGGGUUUAUGUGCUGACCCACAUAACUCCCCCAGUGGCUUCACAACAUCAGUAUCGACCUACUGUACACUGUUGACCACAGCAGCCAGACCAGUCAUAUAACUCUAUGCCUGCUGACGCGGAGCUAGUUAUCUCUACAGGAAGGAAACAACCCUGCUGCCUCACGCUACAUGGUUUACCAAGAGUGUUACCUAAAACAUACAAAACAUAAAUACAUUGGUUAUGGCUAUAGUGGUGGUACAGUAGCUUUCCUUGUUUAUUAUUUAUUACCUUGUUGACCUCUAACCCCUGACGUGUCUAUCCCCAGCUGGACCUGAGCCAGCCCCUGGAGGAGCAAGGUCCCCUGGACGUCAUCAUCCACAAGCUGACCGACCUGAUCCUGGAGGCCGACCAGAACGACACCCAGUCAGUCCUGCUGGUGCAGAGAGUGCAGGUGAGGGAGGGAGGGAAGUGGAAAGAGGGAGGGAGGAACAGAGUUACAACGGCCAACAGACUAUGAUUCCACAAUACCACAGACAGAUUUCACCACUACAACACGUCUGGUAAUUAGUGGUUUUGCUAAUUAGAGGGGGAAGUGGUAAUGUAUUUCUGUAUCUCACAGGAACAGCCAGUGUUGUGAAUGUUGUGCACUCAUUUUGUGUCUCAUCUUAGAGGGAACAGUUUGAAAUGAAUGUGUUUUGAAAUGUGAGGACAUGAAGGUGUGUGUGUGGUGAUGGUUGUCUGUGUGUUUGUUCUUGUGUAAAUCGAUCUGGCAGUGCUUUAAAAGGUGUUAGAUGCGAUACCCUCCUCCUUCUCUUACCCCCCCCUCUCCUCCUCCUCUGUCUCUGGAUGACUCAGAGGGCUCUGCUGUUAUCGUGUGCAGAGUCACUCAGUCACGCCAUCCUCAUUGCCAGGGACUGACACUGUGCCGCUGCUGACUGCUUAUUUGGAAAGGAAAGAUGGGGAUGUUCAAAAGGGACAGAUAAUCAACAGAACAAAAUGCUUCUCAGAUUUUAAUCUAUUCAUCUUAAUGUCACAUCAGCACGAAAUGUUCCUUUCCUUUUCUUUUAUGCUAUUUUAAAAGAGUGGGGAUCAAGCCUAUUGUACCUGUCAGGGACUCCACCUGAAAUGAUAUAGAUCUUGGCAGUAGAUGACUGGGAUGGUUGGUAAACUCCCUCCUGUCGGUAUUUUAUGACUCAGAAUAUCUCCAUCUUGCUGUGUGAAGGGCUAGUAAGUAUUGCUAUCAGAAACGCCACACAGCAAUAUAACAAGCAGGCAGGUUUUCUUUCAGGGAGAUUAGAAUUUAACUUUGACCCUGCCACUGAACAUCGCAUAUAACAUAACACAACAUAGUCUUGCAUUCAGUCAGCCCGUCAUUCAUUGGCAUGGAAACAAACAGCAUUAAUGAUCAGAACUGUCACUGCAUCCUGUAGUUUAGGGAAUGAGGACUUCAUUGUGCAAACAUUGCCUGAUAGUUUGCAUACUUCCUUUUGACCAUAACUUAAUUAUAUUUUCUCUAACUGUAUAAGGCUUUGUUUAAGUCUUAAACGGCACCCAACCAUAUCCUGUGGAUUUAGGUGAAUGUGGUAUUAUUUUCUUUAGAGGACUUGUAGAGGGAAUACCACAACAGCCUUCUUUUGCAAAAGAGGCAACCACUGCUAGUGCUUGUGUAUUGGGAAGAAUACCACAAAUAAACACUUGGACUUGUGUGGCCUUCUGUAAAUCAAGUAUAGGCCUAUGAUUUGGGUUAUACGUAAUGAAUAUGUUGGCCCAUUUCAUUUGCAUAUGUACAGGAAACUGCCAUAAUAAAGGAAACACCAACAUAAAGUGUUUUAAUAGGGUGUUGGGCCACCAUGAGCCAGAACCGCUUCAAUGCACCAUGCCAUAGAGUCUACAAGUGUCUGGAACUCUAUUGAAGGGAUGCAACACCAUUUUUCCACCAGAAAUUCCAUCAUUUGGUGUUCUGUUGAUGGUCGUGGAAAACGGUGUCUUAGGCGCCACUCCAGAAUCUCCUAUAAGUGUUCAAUUGGGUUGAGAUCUGGUUGCUUGGGCGUCCAUGGCAUAUGCUUUACAUCGUUUUAAAUGCUCAUCAAAUCAUUCAGUGACCGCUUGUACCCUGUGGAUGGGGGCAUUUUCAUCCUGGAAGAGACCAAUCCCAUCAGAAUAGAAAUGCUUCACCAUAGGUUGAAGGGGAUCACUCAGAAUGGCUGUGUAUUUAUUGGCGUUUACCUUGCCCUCUAAAGGCAUCAGCAUGCUUCAGUUUGGCUGGCGCCUAGCGAGUGUGCUCGCAUACUCCCUUAAAAGACCUUCGCUUGUAUACAGUAUACACUUCCUUAUAAUAGUCAGAAUUGAUCUAAUGACUCAAGAAAUCAUUUAAUUUAGAAGUUUUUUGCUUAGGAGAUCUUAGUCGCACAAUUUUACAUCUAGCAUAUAUGUUUGGUGCAGUAUUUCUCAAUGGAAAAAAUGUGCAUGAAAACGAGUCGUCUCUCGUUAAAUGACAAAUACUUUUAUGAAGAAUCCCUACUGUUGACCAAUCACAGACGAAGGGGCAUAGACUUCAGCUACCGAUUUUGGCUUGCCUUGAAAAAAUGUGUACCCGAAUAGCCGAAGAAACCCUUACCGAAAUCCGAAACGAACAAAAAGAUCACAAAAUGUCAUCAUGUAUGCACAAACUCUUCCGAACCGUGAGUGGACCUAAACCAUGCCAGGAAAAUGCACCCCACACCAUAAAAGAGCUGCCAGAACCCUCAUUUACUAAAGUGUUUCCUUUAUUUUGGCAGCUACCUGUAGGUAGACAUCUGUCUCCAUUAUUACCUAGCACACUCUGCCAAUACUCAAAUCCCCAUGGAGGAUCCACUGUCUGUCACACCCUUUUUUUCUCUCACACAUAUUUGUAGGAGAUAUAUAUUUUUAAAGCAAAUUGAUGGCCCAAAUACAGAGGAGUUGUAAGUUAUUUUAAACCACUGGAAGAUUAGUUUGGCUUUAGUUUUUGAUGGCAACAUGUUUGUCUUAUGUAACCGCACGACUGUUUUGAUCAGCACUGGCAGGAGUCAAACUCUCUCCACAGAUGGAUGUUCUGUCUCAAGGAAAAUGUGUGUGUAGGCAGGCAUUUAUGUGUGUGUGUGUGUUUAUGUUAGGCUACAUUAGACCUCUUUGCCUAUGUCUAAAAAUGUGUUUAUGGAAAAUGGAGAUUUCACUGAUGUUGGAGGGGUUGACUCUUUGCAUAAUGUGUAGGCCAAAGCAUCUGCCAGCUAAAAGACUGACAUGAGAGGCUGGCAGGAAGAAUGAAAAUGGAGAGAUUGGGAGAUGGAGGAUGAAGAUGGCUUGGAGAGGAGACGGGAGUGUAGAGACAGGGAGGGGAGAGGAGGAUAGAGAGAUGGGGGUGUGGUUAUAUAAAUCAGCAAACCUCAGGCUGACCUAACAGCCUGCCAUGUAGGGCACAGUGAUGUAACCCACUGGCCUGCGAGCAUGAUGAUGACACACCACAACACAGUGGGCAUGAAGGAAAUGAGCAGGGUACCAAAAUGGAAAUGCACAUGAUCCAUGUCCUACUGUGACAUGUCAGUGUUGCACAGUGUCCAAACUGCCUACAUUAGCUGUGAUAUUUGUGCUCCCUCAUAAUCUCCCGUGUGUGUGUGUGUGUGUGUGUGUGUGUGGCACCUUGUUUCAGGACUACAUUGAUGCCCACCCUGAGACCAUCGUGCUGGAUCCCCUCCCAGCCAUCAGGACCCUGCUGGACCGCUGCAAGUCCUACCAGCUCAUCCACAGGAUAGAGGACUGCAUGCAAGGUAGCCACUCACACAACACUGGCACUGUUACGCACUGGGCUAAGUAUGAUUUAACUCCCAAUAUCCCCCAGUGCCACUGCCAGUCCUAGACCACAAAAGAUCCCACAGGAGUGUGUAUGUGGGAAUUAUUGAGUGAAUGAUCUGUUGUGUCAAGGAUUGGUUGUGAUAACCGAUCGUUUUGGUUUAGUUUCUGAGAAAGUAUCCAGGAGGUGGUGGUGUGACGUAUUUCAGUGGUGGAUCGUGUCACCCUGUAGUUCAAUAAUAUCAUGUUCUGCUUCCUACCAGAUGCUUUAUGCAUGCACUAGAGGAGCAUAACACCAUAAUUGUAUUCCUCUCACUAUGACAGCACCAUCCCUCCUCCUCUCUUCCCUCUGUGAACCCCUAGUGAACCUGGCUCCUGCCUCUGCCAGAGUGUGUAUUGUAUCCAGUGAUGGACUAAAGCUCUAUUAGCUAGAGGCUGUCAUCCAGCAGGCCAGCAGCACCUAGAUCUUCUGUCACAGGAACCAUAUGCUCCCCAAUGGCCUGGCUGUGUAGUCUGUCUGGGUCCAGAGACUGGAGCAGAGCAAUGGAAUGAUGGCACAUUAACAACAGGAGAGCUUUUCUCUACUGUAAACACACGUGACCCAUCCGCUGUUCAUUUACUGAGAACAUGGCAUGGGACAUAAACCUGGAGCCAUUACAUGCAAACCCUUCCGUACUCGCACGCACCCCACACAGGUGGCUAGAGAGACGGAGACCGAAAGAGUGUGUACGCGUGCGCAUGUGUGCCCACUUGAGUACACAUUUUUGUGUGUGAUGCGUACUGUACUCGCGUGUGUGUGUGUGUAGUUGUGUAGUUGUGUAGUGCUCGUGGGUGGCAUGUUCAGCUACAGUGAGGGGAAAAAAGUAUUUGAUCCCCUGCUGAUUUUGUACGUUUGCCCACUGACAAAGAAAUGGAAUGAUGGCACAUUCCUGUGGUCCUCUGUAGCUCAGCUGGUAGAGCACGGCGCUUGUAACGCCAAGGUAGUGGGUUCGAUCCCCGGGACCACCCAUACACACAAAAAAAAAUUAUGCACGCAUGACUGUAAGUCGCUUUGGAUAAAAGCGUCUGCUAAAUGGCAUAUUAUUAAAUGAUCAAUCUAUAAUUUUAAUGGUAGGUUUAUUUGAACAAUGAGAGACAGAAUAACAACAAAAAAAUCCAGAAAAACGCAUGUCAAAAAUGUAAUAAAUUGAUUUGCAUUUUAAUGAGGGGAAAUAAGUAUUUGACCCCCUCUCAAUCACAAAGAUUUCUGGCUCCCAGGUGUCUUUUAUACAGGUAACGAGCUGAGAUUAGGACCACACUCUUAAAGGGAGUGCUCCUAAUCUCAGUUUAUUACCUGUAUAAAAGACACCUGUCCACAGAAGCAAUCAAUCAAUCAGAUUCCAAACUCUCCACCAUGGCCAAGACCAAAGAGCUCUCCAAGGAUGUCAGGGACAAGAUUGUAGACCUACACAAGGCUGGAAUGGGCUACAAGACCAUCGCCAAGCAGCUUGGUGAGAAGGUGACAACAGUUGGUACGAUUAUUCGCAAAUGGAAGAAACACAAAAUAACUGUCAGUCUCCCUCGGCCUGGGGCUCCAUGCAAGAUUUCACCUCGUGGAGUUGCAAUGAUAAUGAGAAUGGUGAGGAAUCUGCCCAGAACUACACGGGAGGAUCUUGUCAAUGAUCUCAAGGCAGCUGGGACCAUAGUCAACAAGAAAACAAUUGGUAACACACUACGCCGUGAAGGACUGAAAUCCUGCAGUGCCCGCAAGGUCCCCCUGCUCAAGAAAGCACAUAUACAGGGCCGUCUGAAGUUUGCCAGUGAACAUCUGAAAGAUUCAGAGGAGAACUGGGUGAAAGUGUUGUGGUCAGAUGAGACAAAAAUCGAGCUCUUUGGCAUCAACUCAACUCGCCAUGUUUGGAGGAGGAGGAAUGCUGCCUAUGACCCCAAGAACACCAUCCCCACCGUCAAACAUGGAGGUGGAAACAUUAUGCUUUGGGGAUGUUUUUCUGCUAAGGGGACAGGACAACUUCACCGCAUCAAAGGGACGAUGGACGGGGCCAUGUACUGUCAAAUCUUGGGUGAGAACCUCCUUCCUUCAGCCAGGGCAUUGAAAAUGGGUCGUGGAUGGGUAUUCCAGCAUGACAACGACCCAAAACACACGGCCAAGGCAACAAAGGAGUGGCUCAAGAAGAAGCACAUUAAGGUCCUGGAAUGGCCUAGCCAGUCUCCAGACCUUAAUCCCAUAGAAAAUCUGUGGAGGGAUCUGAAGGUUCGAGUUGCCAAACGUCAGCCUCGAAACCUUAAUGACUUGGAGAAGAUCUGCAAAGAGGAGUGGGACAAAAUCCCUCCUGAGAUGUGUGCAAACCUGGUGGCCAACUACAAGAAACGUCUGACCUCUGUGAUUGCCAACAAGGGUUUUGCCACCAAGUACUAAGUCAUGUUUUGCAGAGGGGUCAAAUACUUAUUUCCCUCAUUUAAAAUGCAAAUCAAUUUAUAACAUUUUGGACAUGCGUUUUUCUGGAUUUUUUUUGUUGUUAUUCUGUCUCUCACUGUUCAAAUAAACCUACCAUUAAAAUUAUAGACUGAUCAUUUCUCUGUCAGUGGGCAAACGUACAAAAUCAGCAGGGGAUCAAAUACUUUUUUCCCUCACUGUACAUGGAAUGAUUCAGUGUAGCCCUGUGUCAGAGGAAUAGAUCAGAGAUUUCUCAGAAUGUAAAGUGGCAUCAGCGGCUUAAAAUGGAACACAGAAAAUUGCAGUUUCCAAAUAGAAAUGUUGGUGGUUAUGUAUCAAGGUCUGUAAGCUGUCUGAAUUGAGGAAAGCCUCUGUGUGUGCCCUAUGGGCUCACACGACUAUGUGGUGGGGGGAGCACGCUGGCGCUUACUCAUCAGACAUGGUUGAAUAAGGGGCCUGCUAUAAGGAUGUGAUGCAUCUGCUAUUGAGUGACUGAAGUGGUGUACCUUUUGAAUGCUCCUGAUGCUGUGGUUUUCUCCCAGAAGAUACUGGGAUGAUGAAAUGUAAACCGUCAUCAUCCUAGAUCGCAUCACACCAUGACAACAAAAUAACUGUUUGUGAUCGAGGAUUAAAGUGUUCAUUUCUGUAGUCAAUAGUGCUGAGCGAUUAACCGAAAUGUAGGUUAUUCUUUUGGGUUUUUUAACAACUAAUUGACCAACGUCAGUUAAAUUAUUUGAAUUCCAUUUAGUUCGUAUUUUUUUCUGUGAGCUCGAUGUGCAGUUUAUUUGAGAUAAAUCAGAUCAAGCCUGAACUGUGCGAUGUAGUAGGGAGUUGUAGUUUCGAAUAGGCCGAUAUUCUACAUAGUUUAGUGUAGAGAAAGUGGUAAUUAACUACAAUGACCAUAAUGCUUUGCGCGCCUGCUUUAACUUGUCCAGUCUGUGAGGAACAGUCACUGAGAGAAGAGCAAACACUUGAUGGAGAGGGAUAGAAAGCAGUUGCUUCAAACCUGAAAAUAUAUGAGCUAAGUGAUUGAUAGUUGGUAUUCAGCAGUCAUAAAAGGAUGCCUUAUUUACUUUGAAGAACUACUAAAGUAGUGAUUGACAGACAGCAUAGGCAGCAGCGCUAUAGAGGUGAGAUUAAAUAAGUAAAUAAAACAAAUAUUUUAUUAAAGUAAUGUGAAUAAAUUAUGCAGUAAUGGGCAGUCACUACCAUCAUGGGACUUUUAUUAAUUGUUUUAUUCAGUGUUACAACAUUUAACCCACAUAAUGCAUAGUGCAUUUAAUGUCUAAAAAAAUUGCCGAAAACUGUGAUUAUUUUUUUAUAAUCAAGCCGAAACCGAACGGACUUAAAAUCACUCAGCGCUAGUAGUCAACAACCGUGGCUGGUGCUGGUGGGGAGUGAAGUGGGAGCAUGGAGGGGAGAGGUGUUGUAGCAAAGAUGUUCUAUUAUGUUGACAAGAUAGUUGUGACCGCUCUAACAAUGGAAAUGAAAUACAUGUCCUCGACGGUGGAGGCAAGAUCAGGUGGGACCAUUCUAGCCAAUGAGAGGGCAGAUACGCAUGUGAACAACAGGCACAACUCCGAUAUAAAGUCGGUGCGUCCACUUAUCAGUGCAUUCGUAACAAUCUAACCAUUACAGAACUUCUGUUCGAUCAAAUAAGCCUCACGUAGCAAAUUAGCAAUUACAUUUUAUUGUUGACCAAAUUUGACACUCAUGGACCUCUACAAAUAAUUCCUCACUUCGUGGUCUUAUUUUCGCGGACAGAUUUUUUCCGGCGUAAAACCUCUCGCUUCUCCUCUUCCUGUCGUGUUGUAAUGAGAGUGGAAAGUCCAAAGCGCACACUCUGGCACGGCCACUUCCUCCUCCUUAUCAGUGGAGACCAUGUAGCCCCCCCCCCCCAGUGCAGUGCUGGCUGCCCAGUACCAGAGGCUGUGGAGAGCCUGCUAUGGUCUGAGGGCUGCCUGAGUGGCUGAGAGUAGUACUCAAUGGGAGGAGACACUAGAGCUUUGUGCUUGUUUGUGUGUAAGCUGAUACAUUUUAAACUUCCAUAACUGUACCUGGAGAAUUUGGUGAUCAGUAGACAGCCCUGUGAAAUGUUUGUCUAACUACACAGGGGUUGUCUAACUACACAUGGGUUAGUCCUCCUGGCCCCACUAGUCUCCUCUCCACCACAUGACUCAUUGUUCCGGUCAUCAGCUUUCCAGAGUGUUGUUGAAGUCUGUUUUGGCAGGGCAGUUGUUUACUUUAGGUGGUGGAAUCCACUUUUUUCCAUUUAUAAGUCAGCCUUGCUGCCUUGAUGUUUGACUUGGUGUUUGUAAAGAUGGCAACGGUCGUCAGGCUGUAUAAUGUGAAGUAUCUCAUUCUGGGCUCUUUGUCUUGGUAUUUCCUUUCCACUUCAAAAGAAAGGGACUGGGACUAGGACACCCUUAAAUGAAGAGAUGUUUUUGUGGAAUCAAACUGAACCAGACUCUUGAGGUAUUUGUUUAACUGGAUUAUGGUAGUGCUUUGUUAUGUGGGGAGUAUUUGGUGUCCACAUAAAUCCUAUGUUUCUGUGGUUCAAACUCAACCAACAAUAACAAACGUCCUGCUGAUGCAAGUAAUCAAUAUUUAAACAAAGGCUCAUCAGAUUAAAGAAAAACAGCUGUGACUGCUGAGGACCGCACAGACACAUCCAGGCCCUAAACCAUCCCCAGCACAGGGCAGUCAGCAUGGGCUGAAUAAAAACCACUAUGAUUGAUUUCCUUGCUUACAUAAAGACUGCCUUCAAAGAAGUUCACUGUUCCUUUAUGGACCUGUUCUGUCCGAUUGAUCUGCGGAGGUUAAUCAAGACAUCAGCAGAGGUGCUCUACGACGCCGAGUUGAAGAGGUUGUUCUCUCACAAAGAUUAAUGUAUUUUUAUAUAUAUAUAUAUAUAAUUAUAUUUUGACUGUAAACUCCUUACAGCGGGAUAUGGAGAAUUAUGGGGUUACUUGCAGGGCACACAGAGUUUGGAGUUCAAUUAGAAAUAUUGAAAACAUCCCUGGUUUGCUCUAAGCAAGGGUAUAGAUGAGGAGGCUGGUGCUACUAGGAAUGUAGCCCUGAAUAGCAACAUUUAGAUUUCAAUCUACUGUCAACACUGGACUUGCACCAGUAUAGGCCUACUUGGUAAUCAUCUGAUAAUGCUGAUAAUAACUUUUGCAAAGAAAUGUGAGGGUCAGUUUCACUGAUGGCUGCUUGCCUUAAUGGAAAGAGUUCACCAGUGCCCGGUAUGAACAUUCCAAUCAGCCAGGGCUCCUUAAGACUGUCCUGCUCUGUCCCUUAUGGAUCAAACCCUAGUGAUGACAUCCUUUUAAGAUGAGAAUCUCUUAUUUUAAUUGGGUGUUUUGUCAUGGUAGUAUUGGGUCUGGUAUAGUACUGUCCUAGUCCGGAUUCCUAAACCCUGAGCGGUUCCACGGCGUCAGGCCAGCCAGUGCUGUAUGCUGUGCUGCCUCGAGUCGGACUGACAUCCCGUAAACGUCUGCUGAGUGCACACAGUGUUUAGACAGAGGAGGAGAUUGAUCCCCUGCACUCAAAGCCAAACGGCCAGGGCCAAGCACGACAGCAACGCAUAACACACAGACAGUGUGCUACACUCACCAUCACCACCAUCAUCAUAUCCCCUCCAGUCUCUUUAUCUGGGCCCGAGGCUUCCAACUGGGCCUUUUUAGUCUUUGUUUGCUCAAGUCACGAGAGAUCCACGGGUAUGGGAACAUGUGAUGGUGGUCUUUUUGGAUUUACAGUGUGUUUUUGUUUAUUCUCACAAUUCAAAUACGUGUUGGGCCUUUGGGUUGUUUUUGAAUGUUAGUCCGACAUUCCUAUCCCCUCCCUCCCACAAUAGCAGUGUGAAUUCAGAGCUCAGCUCAGUGGGGUGAUGUGAUGGGUAAACCCUCCAGGCCUCUCUCACUCACCACGCCACACUCCUAGGCUGCUGCCACAUCUCCGUUGAUAGCCACUGACAGAACAGGAACACCGCAGACAAAUACAAGUUAAGGAGCACAGAGCACAAUCACAUUUGUCUUGUAUUAACAAUCAAGUGAUGUUUGUUGUGCCUGGGUUCUUUUUUUAUGUUGUAUGUUUAGCUACCUUAAAAUCAGUCUGAUAGCAUUCUAGACUUACAUAUUUAUUUUAACUUGUAUUCUUUGAGUUGAUCGUUCUGUUGUUAAAUGUUCUGUUGGUGAUUUAUUGCUUCCUUUUUUGUUGAUUAUUCUAACAAAAGACAGGCUGUGUAAUGUUUGUUUUGAUAAGAACCAACCCUAUCGGUAUCGGUGGAUUGUGAUUGGCUACAUUACAUAUAGUGGCAAUCACAUGCUGAACAACGGGACCAGCAAAACGGGAAGCGGCCCAUGGCUUUGACACCUUGGUGAUCCCCUACUUCCGCCAAUCACUCCUCCCCUCCUGAGUCAGCUGCUCAUGAGUGCCUGGACUUUCACUCCCUGACUGGUCAGAAGCGCAAUUCAUAUUGUGUAGUGUAUGCAAAGAUGGUGGAUAAAUGAAGAUGUUUACAUUUACCAUAGAAUUAAAAAAUGGUUCAUUGACUUACCCAGAAAAAAGUGAGAUUUCUCUCUACCUCUUACGUCUUUGGUGUAUGCUCCCCACUUCCACAAUGUGAUCAUUGAGCUGUGUGUCUGUGCAGCCUAUCUGCGACCACAGCUCAGCAGCAGUCAGUGGUGUAGACACUAGCCAGUGUAAUAAAGGCCUGUGGGUUUCUCCUAACCUCAGCACAACUCACUGGAAGCCCUGACAUCACAUUACCCACACAACACAAACACUGUAGUGUUUCUAUUGUGUUUUUGUCAUCAGCAGCAAUAUGCCAGCGCUUGGUUUGGCCCGGACACUGAUUUCCUGUGGCGAUAUCUCAGACGAGCUGCCUUAACUCCGAUAGCCAGGAAAUCACUGCACAGCCCCAUAACUUUAAUAUAGCAGGGCUCCAGACUGUGACCAUUUAGUCGAAUUUUGCGACCCUUUGACUUGGUUGUGUGAGUUUGAUUUUUAAUUAGUCGCAUCAUUAUGAGUUGCAAAUUCUAGCUGGUCGCCUCACUCAAAACGUAAAAAAAAUUUGGUGGCUAAAACAAUGAUUUGGUCAAACAGUACACCUAAAAUAAAGAGCAUUGAUUUCUGCCAUGAAAGUGCCUUCCCUGCCCCUGCAGUGCCCGUUUCGCUGGGGCCGGCCGGCUUCUGUGGCUCACUGGCACUCCCUCUCACUCCAGCUGUGUACUCUAUUAAGAGGGUGAGAGAAAUGCGUUAUUUCAAAAUAACAUUUGCAGGUAAAACACCAAAACACAGUUUUGAAAACUGGUAUGCUGUUUUCUAGCUGAAGAUAGGAGGGUUUCCACUUUCUUGGGGUAUGAAUGUUAUGAACUCAAUUAUGGGCGAUUGCCACCUUAAAAAAAAAAAAAUAUAUAUAUAUAUGUAUGUAUGUAUGUGUAUGUGUGUGUGUGUGUGUGUGUGUGUGUGUGUGUGUGUGUGUGUGUGUGUGUGUGUGUGUGUGUGUGUGUGUGUGUGUGUGUGUGUGUGUGUGUGUGUGUGUGUGUGUGUGUGUGUGUGUGUGUGUGUGUGUGUGUGUGUGUGUGUGUGUGUGUAUGUUUGUUUUAUAUCUUUGAGAUGGGAGCACGCGAGGCGCACAUUGGCCAUUUGCAAAAUCAGAGAAUUCUGGAGCCCUAUUUUGACAGAAAUAUAGCAACAAUAGCCUAAUUGUCAACCCAAAAUUCAUGGCAAUCACUGGUUUAUGUUGCACAUCAAAAUCAUGCAUUCCUACUUGGACAUGUUUGAUAAAACAAAUAUAUAUUUAAUCAUACCAUAAUCACUCCGUAGUCUUUUUCUUUCAAUAAAGAUUACUUUUAUAAGAUGAUUACUAAUUUGUUCUAUUGCGUUACGCCACAACAUUUUUGGUGCGGCCAAAUCAUGGGCUGGUGCCACCAAUUGAAAAAGUUAGUGGCACCAGUGCCACCAGGGGAAAACGUUAGUCUGGAGCCCUGUAUCGGCUUACAAAUGAGGGCAGAUUUACUGUGUUCUAGCUGCAGGAUGUUUGUCAGUUAUUUCCUGGGGUGGCAGAACCUCUUACAUCAAGUCUUAUCAGAGGAGAUUGACAGCCACCGAUGCAGGCCACAAUGUAAACAAUGACAAUUAAGUUCUGAUUCGAUUCUCCAAAGUGCUACAGUCUGUGUGACAAACACUCCCAUCCUGAGUAUUUGUACUGUACACGGUUUUGGAAGAGCUGUGGACUUGUCUGGUGUAUAAUGUCUGUCUGUUUAUUAGUCUGUUGUUUUCUGUCUGGUCCUGAUCUGGGUGUUGGCUGGUGCUGUGGUGUCUCUCUGUUAAGGGAUGUUUCCUUGUGUGUUCUCUGGGCAGAACAGGCCAGGCAGGGUUGGCAGCUUCCUGGUUUAUUUAUUUGAACAGGAGACUGUGCUCCUCGCUACCUCCUCUGCUCCUCCCUCAGGUGGGGGCUGUGUGUUUUGGUGUUCUCUAAUCCAGCUGUAUGAAGGGAGUGACGUUGGCGAACUGACACGCACACAGGUGGUGUGUUGUGUUUAUGUAUGUUUGUCUAAAAUUGGAUGGCCUUCUGUCUCUGUCAUCAGAUGACAAGUAGCUCUCUUGUCAGUGUUUUGGCUGUAUGAAUAGGGUAUGUUUGGCGUCACAGGUAACCUAGCCAUCUUUGAGAGAAUACAUCAGUCGGUGUGUUUGAGUUUCUGUGUGCGUGAGAGACUUCCGAAUGACAUGCUUAGGGAUUUUUUUCCUUCAACAGAUUCACUGAUAUUAAGAUGGGGUUUUCCUUCCUAGUUCCUACUCUCUUACUCCUCUCCUUUCCUUCCUCUGUCCCCCCUCCCUCUCUUUAUCUCCCUUUCUCACUAGAUGCGAGAAUCUGCUCUCCCCCGUUCAUGGUUCUGAACACAGAGUGUGGUCCAGACACACUGGAGCAGAUUGAGAAGCAUGGACUCACAUUCCCAUUUAGUAAGUCCCUCCCUUUCCUGUUUGAUAGAGAAAGAGGAAUUGUCACUUGAUCCAGAUGAUUACACAGGGUCCUUCCUCCUCCUAGCUUUGUUUAGGGGUUGACAUUAGGAAACAAUUUACGGUGAGGGGAAACUGCCCAACACUCUAAACAAACCUGGUUUUAGUAUCCACACAUAUUAGCUACACAGCAUUUAGUUUAUUAUUUAGGAGUGUGGUGUGGUUUAAUCCUGAUAUGAUUACUCUUCAGUGUUGAACUAUAACUAUCUUGGUUUAACUUCUGAGAAGUUCAUUUUUAGCAUAAUUAUUUUCAAACCCUCUGCUACUUUUAAGCUACCUUGUAUGUCCAAUUUACCUAGCUUUCUUGUCUGCAGACAGCCAUUAAUGGAGGGGGGUUUUGAAAGUUGUGGUCAGUGUGAAAAAUAACCUGCUGUCAUCUUGUGACAGUCAUGUUUUUUCUCAACACGGAUGCCGUUGGGGAAGUGUGGUUUCCUCACAAACAUUUUCAACCUGUUCUUCUUUCUCUCCCUCCAUCUCUCAGUUUGCAAAACAAGAGUAGCCCAUGGAACCAACUCCCACGAGGUAAGAGUGCCACCAGGGUCGUGGUGGGAAAGGGAAAGCGGGACAUUUAGUCAGUUGCACAACUCAAUGCAUUCAACCGAAAUGUGUCUUUCACAUUUAACCCAACCCCUCUGAAUCAGAGAGGUGUGCGGGGCUGCCUUAAUCGACGUCCACGUCAUCAGCGCUUGGGGAGCAGUUGUUGUAGUGGUUAACUGCCUUGCUCAUUCCACCUUGCCUGCUCAGGGUUUCGAACUAGGCCUUUCGGUUACUGGCCCAACGCUCUUAACCGCUAGGCUACCUGAGCUUAGGGUCACAGAUUAAUCACACCCUCGAUCGUUAGCUAAAUCCCUGUAAUCCAUUACAGUGUCUAACUAGAUAAUCAUUUAACACUGCACCUAACUACAUCAAACAGCCUACAGUACUCUGACUAUCAGCCCAAUCAAUAGCCGCUUCUCCGUCAGCCCAUAUGGUCAACAUUCAUAUACAGUGCAUUCGGAAAGUAUUCAGACCCCUUGACUUUUUCCACAUUUUGUUACAUUACAGCCUUAAUCUAAAAUAUAUAUUUUUUUAAUGUAUUCCCUCAUCAAUCUACACACCACCCCAUAAUGACAAAGCAAAAACUGAUUUUUAAAAAAAAUAAAAGAAUGAAAUUACAUUUACAUUAGUAUUCAGACCCUUUACUCAGUACUUUGUUGAAGCUCCUUUGGCAGCGAUUACAGCCUCGAGUCUUCUUGGGUAUAACACUACAAGCUUGGCACACCUGUAUUUGGGGAGUUUCUCCCAUUCUUCUCUGCAGAUCCUCUCUAGCUCUGUCAGGUUGGAUGGGGAGCGUUGCUGCACAGCUAUUUUCAGGUCUCUCCAGAGAUGUUCGAUCGGGUUCAAGUCCGGGCUCUGUCUGGGCCACUCAAGGACAUUCAGAGACUUGUCCCGAAGCCACUCCUGCAUUGUGUUGGCUGUGUGCUUAGGGUCGUUGUCCUGUUGGAAGGUGAACCUUCGCCGCAGUCUGAGGUCUGGAGCAGGUUUUCAUCAAGGAUCUCUCUGUACUUUGCUCCGUUCAUCUUUCCCUCGAUCCUGACUAGUCCCUCAGUCCCUGCCGCUGAAAAACAUCCCCACAUCAUGAUGCUGCCACCACCAUGCUUCACCGUAGGGAUGGUGCCAGGUUUCCUCCAGACGUGAUGUUUGGCAUUCAGGCCAAAGAGUUCAAUCUUGGUUUCAUCAGACCAGAGAGUCUUGUUUCUCAUGGUUUGAGGUGCCUUUUGGCAAACUCCAAGCAGGCUGUCAUGUAUUUUACUGUGCCUUGACACAAUCCUGUCUCGGGGCUCUACGGACAAUUCCUUCGACCUCCAUGGCUUGGUUUUUGCUCUGACAUGCACUGUCAACUGUGGGACCCUAUAUAGACAGGUGUGUGCCUUUUCCAAAUCAUGUCCAAUCAAUUGAAUUGACCAAAGGUGGACUCCAAUCAAGUUGUAGAAACAUCUCAAUGAUGAUCAAUGGAAACAUGAUGCACCUGAGCUCAAUUUCGAGUCUCAUUGCAAAGGGUCUGAAUACUUAUGUAAAUAAGGUAUUUCUGUUUUAUUUUUAAUACAUUGCUAAAUUUUCUAAACCUGUUUUCACUUUGUCAUUAUGGGGUGUUGUGUGUAGAUUGAUGAGGGGAAAAAUAAUUGAAUCCAUUUUAGAAUAAGGCUAUAACGUAACAAAAUGUGGGAAAAGUGAAGGGGUCUGAAUACUUUCCGAAUGCACUGUAUGUGUAUGUCAUUGAACCAGUCAAGUCUGUGGAAACGGGUUGGAUGAUGUUAUGGUUUAUGGAUGAAAUUAGAUUAAAUGAUAAAUGUAUUGAUGACCUUUUCUCCCCCUCCACAGAUGGCCAUCAUCUUCAGUGAGGAGGACCUGAAGGAUGUUAAGCCUCCGUGUGUGAUCCAGAGCUUCAUCAACCACAACGCGGUGCUCUACAAGGUGUUUGUGGUGGGGGAGUCCUACACACUGGUGGAGAGACCCUCCCUCAAGAACUUCCCCGCUGGACCAGCAGGUGAGGAGGACCCAGGAGACCCUGUCUGUUUAUGGGCACACAGUGUGCCAUGCUGAGGAAGGCCUAUAGCACUUUUGUCCCCCUGACAGGCCCAAUAAAAUACCUCCAUAAAGGCUUUUUAACAUCUUUGAAACUGUCCUCCCUCUCUCUUUUAAAAAAGGGAGCGGAGUGCAGUUGAUUUGGUUGUUUAUAAAUGUUGGUCAACUUAUUUUUUUAUUUUUUUCCAUUUUCUAGAGGAAAAGCAUGGUGUACAGUCAGAUUGAUAGCUUAUUCCUGUCUUGUGUAUGGCAACCAGUCGUUUUCGAUAACAAACAUCAUGAGGCAAUCAGCACAUUGAAUAGGCUGAAGUAAUCUGAAUGUGGCCCUUUGCCCUGACAGGAUAAGCUGCACCAUUUGCAUCCACUACAGUAAAAGCCCUCAUGCAAACCAGUCUGGGCUUCAGCGGAAUCGUCUGCUUUUACCUUAUGAAAGAGACUAGGGUCAUCCCUGUGUGCUCCAGCACAAUGAAUCAUGCAGUAAAGUGCCCCAACUUCACACAUGCAACACACCUAUACUACUGUAUACACAGAGUGCCGUCCAGGGCAUUGUCCGGAGUUAAAACAUAAACCCACACUAUGUAUAGAGCAGACUAAAUGGAUUAUAAACAGACAAAGGGUGGUAGAGAAGGGAGGACUGGGUUAGGUAAGGAGGGAGGGGUUGGGUGUUUAAGGACCUCAGUGUUGUGUAAGAGAUCCUGGUGUCAGGAGAAGAUAAGGUCCCAUCCCACCGCCCACGCUCCCAGCAGAGGUGAUACAGUGAAGGGGGAAAAGUAUUUGAUCCCCUGCUGAUUUUGUACGUUUGCCCACUGACAGAGAAAUGAUCAGUCUAUAAUUUUAAUGGUAGGUUUAUUUGAACAGUGAGAGACAGAAAAACAACAACAAAAUCCAGAAAAAAGCAUGUCAAAAAUGUUAUAAAUUGAUUUGCAUUUUAAUGAGGGAAAUAAGUAUUUGACCCCCUCUCAAUCACAAAGAUUUCUGGCUCCCAGGUGUCUUUUAUACAGGUAACGAGCUGAGAUUAGGACCACACUCUUAAAGGGAGUGCUCCUAAUCUCAGCUUGUUACCUCUAUAAAAGACACCUGUCCACAGAAGUAAUCAAUCAAUCAGAUUCCAAACUCUCCACCAUGGCCAAGACCAAAGAGCUCUCCAAGGAUGUCAGGGACAAGAUUGUAGACCUACACAAGGCUGGAAUGGGCUACAAGACCAUCGCCAAGCAGCUUGGUGAGAAGGUGACAACAGUUGGUUCGAUUAUUUGCAAAUGGAAGAAACAAAAAGAACUGUCAAUCUCCCUCGGCCUGGGGCUCCAUGCAAGAUCUCACCUCGUGGAGUUGCAAUGAUCAUGAGAACGGUUAGGAAUCAGCCCAGAACUACACGGGAGGAUCUUGUCAAUGAUCUCAAGGCAGCUGGGACCAUAGUCACCAAGAAAACAAUUGGUAACACACUACGCCGUGAAGGACUGAAAUCCUGCAGCGCCCACAAGGUCCCCCUGCUCAAGAAAGCACAUAUACAGGCCCGUCUGAAGUUUGCCAAUGAACAUCUGAAUGAUUCAGAGGAGAACUGGGUGAAAGUGUUGUGGUCAGAUGAGACCAAAAUUGAGCUCUUUGGCAUCAACUCAACUCGCCGUGUUUGGAGGAGGAGGAAUGCUGCCUAUGACCCCAAGAACACCAUCCCCACCGUCAAACAUGGAGGUGGAAACAUUAUGCUUUGGGGGUGUUUUUCUGCUAAGGGGACAGAACAACUUCACCGCAUCAAAGGGACGAUGGACGGGGCCAUGUACCGUCAACUCUUGGGUGAGAACCUCCUUCCCUCAGCCAGGGCAUUGAAAAUGGGUCGUGGAUGGGUAUUCCAGCAUGACAAUGACCCAAAACACACGGCCAAGGCAACAAAGGAGUGGCUCAAGAAGAAGCACAUUAAGGUCCUGGAGUGGCCUAGCCAGUCUCCAGACCUUAAUCCCAUAGAAAAUCUGUGGAGGGAUCUGAAGGUUCGAGUUGCCAAACGUCAGCCUCGAAACCUUAAUGACUUGGAGAAGAUCUGCAAAGAGGAGUGGGACAAAAUCCCUCCUGAGAUGUGUGCAAAACUGGUGGCCAACUACAAGCAACGUCUGACCUCUGUGAUUGCCAACAAGGGUUUUGCCACCAAGUACUAAGUCAUGUUUUGCAGAGGGGUCAAAUACUUAUUUCCCUCAUUAAAAUGCAAAUCAAUUUAUAACAUUUUUUACAUGCGUUUUUCUGGAUUUUUUUGUUGUUAUUCUGUCUCUCACUGUUCAAAUAAACCUACCAUUAAAAUUAUAGACUGAUCAUGUCUUUGUCAGUGGGCAAAUGUACAAAAUCAGCAGGGGAUCAAAUACUUUUUUCCCUCAUUGUAUAAGCAAAUCUUGUCUGCUACAUGAACUAGUGUAGCCCACAGACAUUUGGCAUAGCCACAUAAGGACAACCAUCAGUAUGCUAUUAUUUUCUUCUGAAAUAGACUACAUUUUCUUCAUAUCAUGCUUCUUUAGACCUGUCUAAAAUAAAUAAUGAAACAGCCUCAAUUUGACGUUGAAAGCAUUCCACAGGGAUGCUGGCCCAUGUUGACUCCAAUUCUUCCUACAGUUGUGUGAAUUUGGCUAGACCAUUCUUGAUACACACAGGAAACUGUUGAGCGUGAAAACCCCAGCAGCGUUGCAGUUCUUGACGCACUCAAACCGAUGUGCCUGGCACCUACUACCAAACCCUGUUCAAAGGCACUUAAAUAUUUUGCCUUGCCCAUUAACCCUCUGAAUGGCACACAUGCACAAUCCAUGUCUCAAUUGUCUCAAGGCUUAAAAAUCCUUCUUUAACCUGUCUCCUCCCCUUCACUGAUUCUGAAGUGGAUUUAACAAGUGACCUCAAUAAGGGAUCAUAGCUGUCACUGGGUCAGUCUGUCAUGGAAAGAGCAAGUGCCCUUAAUGUUUUGUACACUCCGUGUAUGAAGGCCAUUGAUAUGGUGUGAUAUAUGACCAUUACAAGUAGGAGUUGCGUGUGUAAGAUAUUUCUUUUUUUUGCCAGACGUUGAGUUUAUUUUCGGGUUAAAUUAUCCAAAUUCUUCAUCAUGAGGCUUUACUUUGGCUGUAGUUUGUUUUUAUUAUCAUUAGAGAUGGUUAAGAUAAUUGAGCAGCACAUGUGAAUACAUAUGCCACUGUCUAUCAACCAAUGUGAGGAAUGCAUACACUGCUCAAAAAAAUAAAGGGAACACUUAAACAACACAAUGUAACUCCAAGUCAAUCACACUUCUGUGAAAUCAAACUGUCCACUUAGGAAGCAACACUGAUUGACAAUACAUUUCACAUGCUGUUGUGCAAAUGGAAUAGACAACAGGUGGAAAUGAUAGGCAAUUAGCAAGACACCCCCAAUAAAGAAGUGGUUCUGCAGGUGGUGACCACAGACCACUUCUCAGUUCCUAUGCUUCCUGGCUGAUGUUUUGGUCACUUUUGAAUGCUGGCGGUGCUUUCACUCUAGUGGUAGCAUGAGACGGAGUCUACAACCCACACAAGUGGCUCAGGUAGUGCAGCUUAUCCAGGAUGGCACAUCAAUGCGAGCUGUGGCAAGAAAGUUUGCUGUGUCUGUCAGCGUAGUGUCCAGAGCAUGGAGGCGCUACCAGGAGACAGGCCAGUACAUCAGGAGACGUGGAGGAGGCCGUAGGAGGGCAACAACCCAGCAGCAGGACUGCUACCUCCGCCUUUGUGCAAGGAGGAGCAGGAGGAGCACUGCCAGAGCCCUGCAAAAUGACCUCCAGCAGGCCACAAAUGUGCAUGUGUCUGCUCAAACGGUCAGAAACAGACUCCAUGAGGGUGGUAUGAGGGCCCGACGUCCACAGGUGGGGGUUGAGCUUACAGCCCAACACCGUGCAGGACGUUUGGCAUUUGCCAGGGAACACCAAGAUUGGCAAAUUCGCCACUGGCGCCCUGUGCUCUUCACAGAUGAAAGCAGGUUCACACUGAGCACGUGACAGACGUGAGAGUCUGGAGACGCCGUGGAGAACGUUCUGCUGCCUGCAACAUCCUCAAGCAUGACCGGUUUGGCGGUGGGUCAGUCAUGGUGUGGGGUGGCAUUUCUUUGGGGGGCCGCACAGCCCUCCAUGUGCUCGCCAGAGGUAGCCUGACUGCCAUUAGGUAUCGAGAUGAGAUCCUCAGACCCCUUGUGAGACCAUAUGCUGGUGCGGUUGGCCCUGGGUUCCUCCUAAUGCAAGACAAUGCUAGACCUCAUGUGGCUGGAGUGUGUCAGCAGUUCCUGCAAGAGGAAGGCAUUGAUGCUAUGGACUGGCCCGCCCGUUCCCCAGACCUGAAUCCAAUUGAGCACAUCUGGGACAUCAUCAUCACAGACUGUCCAGGAGUUGGCGGAUGCUUUAGUCCAGGUCUGGGAGGAGAUCCCUCAGGAGACCAUCCGCCACCUCAUCAGGAGCAUGCCCAGGCGUUGUAGGGAGGUCAUACAGGCACGUGGAGGCCACACACACUACUGAGCCUCAUUUUGACUUGUUUUAAGGACAUCACAUCAAAGUUGGAUCAGCCUGUAGUGUGAUUUUCCACUUUAAUUUUGAGGGUGACUCCAAAUCCAGACCUCCAUGGGUUGAUACAUUUGAUUUCCAUUGAUAAUUUUUGUGUGAUUUUGUUGUCAGCACAUUCAACUAUGUAAAGAAAAAAGUAUUUAAUAAGAUUAUUUCAUUCAUUCAGAUCUAGGAUGUGUUAUUUUAGUGUUCCCUUUAUUUUUUUGAGCAGUGUAUUAUUCUUGGGAUUUCUGGUAAAGUAAUCUUAAGGACACAUGCACGCAAGGCCAACGGCAGUAAAUAUACGCAAGCCUAGAAUUUAUUUUAUGUUAACAUCACUGUCAAUUUUUUAUUGAGCGGUAUCUUCCAAUAAAUGCACUUGAACUUGAAUGUGAUAAUGGUACACCUCAUUCAUUGUUUAUGGCUGCUCUUGUGCCUCUGUUUCCAUCAACCAGUGGACUUUGCUGGACAUUUGUCACUCAAAUUAGUUUUUGCUACCUCCUAGUGCCAGAGAUGAGAACUGUACAUUCAUAACAAAUAGUUCAGUAGAUGAGAAAUGUAAUGCGUCUUCAUCUGACUAAAGUACAUGGUUCCUCCAUUACAGACAGAAAAGCAAUUUUCUUCAACAGUCACAACGUAUCAAAGCCAGAGUCCUCUUCAGACCUGACAUCUGUAAGUUCAAUACACUAACAUGCUUUUUAAAAAUCAUAUCACCUAUUUCUGUUCAUAACCAGUGGGUUAUUAAAUGCCCCUAGUACAGUAUACUCAGACUUAGUUUUCUUCCUGCCACAGAGGGACAACGUGGUGGGGGUGUCCCAGCCACCCAGUGAUGAUGUCAUCAGAGAGCUGUCCAGGUCCUUGCGACAGGCGCUGGGCGUUUCCUUGUUUGGCAUCGACGUCAUCAUCAACAACCUCACGGGCCAACACGCAGUCAUCGACAUCAAUGCAUUCCCUGGUGAGUGGUUUGUUCCUCUGCCGUACGGAAUAGGAGUAGAUGUGCGUUUCUGUUGAAGUCUAUGGUGGAUGGGCAUUUAUACUACCUGUGUAGCCAUACAACUCAGUUUUACCAUCUCUACCAGUAAGUCAUUUCAAAUCUUUGAGAGAUUUGCUUUUAGGCAUUGAUAUAAUCUAGUGGGCAGAUAGUCUGCGUGACAUGGUCUUGCUUGGAGACCGAGACUAGGCGUCUCGGAGAGAGUAAGCUCAACAAAAUCUGUCAUCAGCACAGUCUUAAAUGAGCAUUGAGCAUGCUCAGAGGCGAGUCUAGCAUGCCUCUCUUGACAAGUGCUGUCGCUAUGGUAACACUGUUCUCGGGUUUCACUCUGUUGCCACCUUUGACGGUUGGAGUGUGAGGAGAAUGGUAGUGAGCUAAUCCCUACUCUCACAAACAUUCACCCUUUGUGCCUCAAGGACAGAAGCUAGGCAGUCAAAAUACAAGCAAGAAGUCCUCACUCGUUUACCUCUACUGUACUGUUACCAUCAGUUGCCUUCUGUAUUGGAGAUGGGAUAUAAGCAUCUGUCAGCCAUGUCUCAAGGCUCACCCUCUUCUGUCUCCAGGUUACGAGGGUGUCCCGGAGUUCUUCAACGACCUCCUGACCCACAUCACCAGUGUGCUCCAGGCUCACGCCCCCGACAGCCCCCCAGGCAGCGGGCAGCCCAAAGGCCUGGCAUCCAGCCAUACCCCCAGCACUACGGUGCCCACAGCCCCGAUCCCGGACUCCCCAGGCUGCUGCAGCAUGCUGGGGAAGGAGGCCAGCAGCAGCCCCUGGAUUGUGGAGGGGGAUGGGAACCUGAAGGGCCCCCGCCAGAGACUGGGCUGUAACUCAGCCAUGUCCCCCAACUUCCAGCAACACUGUGUGUCCACGAUAGCCACCAAGGCUUCCUCCCAAUGACUGCCCUCCUCUUCCCCCUUAGCCCCCACCCUGUUCUAACCGCGAACAAAAACAGAUGAUGGUGACGAUAAUUAAUAAGUCAUAAUAAUUAUGAUAUUCAUUAUAAUAUCUGUAAUCUAAAACCAACUUUUUUCUAUAUAGAUCUUGAUGAUGGUGAUUGGGUCUUUUUUUAUUUUCUGCCUUUUGGAUUUUUUGGUUUGCUUUAAUAAGACUUACAGUACUGUAAUGUGAACUUUUGGGAACUCUGCUUAAUUGCUGAUUUUAGUUUCUCUCUCUAAUCAAGUGGUCCACAUGAGGUGGUUGGGGGAAUAGCCAUGUCUGACCUUUGACUGCAGCAGUGAAUAAAAGGGUAAUGUAACAUAUGCUCAAGACACACACACAGGCACAUUCACAAGUUUCCUGCAUUUAAACUCACCAGUGAUGUGUGUUUGAAUGCCACUCUCAUAUGUAGAGUUAGUGUAGAAGGAAUGUAUGGCUAGAGGAUUGUCUGGGUAUUCUAACACUCCUCCACUGGUUUGGAGCAGCUGCCUGUGCUAAUCACACUCGGGUAAACUGACUUAAAGCAGAAGAGCCCACUAUCAUUUCCAAAGUUUGGGAUCUUGGUCGACAUUAGAUUAGGGCUGGGCUAUAUCUAUCGACUUUUAAGGUAUACCGGUAUGGAUUUUUACAAUACCGUCUAUAACACGUGUCAAACUCAUUCUAUGGAGGGCUGGUGUCUGCAGGUUUUUGCUCCACCCUUGUACUUGAUUGUUGAAUUAAAGUCAGUGAUUAGUAAGGAACUCCCCUCACCUGGUUGUCAAGGUCUUA